UUCCUCCCUAGGCCACCUUUCCUAGUCAGCUGCGGGAUUCCGGGGCCGCCUGGGCGCUGCACCCCGCCACUUCCGUAUUGAACCACGGUUUCAACCGAACUCCGAACCUCUGCGCGCGCUCCCUCUGGUGCCUGAUGGUUGGGCCGGCGCCUGGGACUAGCCACGCCCUCCCCCGCUCCUGGCAGCCAAUGAGCGGACGUCUUCCCGCGGGGUGUUGGCCUCUGACUAUGGCAUGAAACUGCCAAUCCUCCGUUCCAACCCCGAGGACCAGAUCCUAUAUCAAACAGAGCGGUACAAUGAGGAGACCUUCGGCUACGAAGUGCCCAUCAAGGAGGAAGGGGACUAUGUGCUGGUGUUGAAAUUUGCUGAGGUCUACUUUGCACAGUCCCAGCAGAAGGUAUUUGAUGUGCGGUUGAAUGGCCAUGUCGUGGUGAAGGACUUGGAUAUCUUUGAUCGUGUUGGGCACAGCACAGCUCAUGAUGAAAUCAUCCCUAUGAGCAUCAGAAAAGGGAAGCUGAGCGUCCAGGGGGAGGUAUCCACCUUCACAGGAAAACUCUACAUCGAGUUUGUCAAGGGGUACUACGACAAUCCCAAAGUCUGUGCGCUCUACAUCAUGGCUGGGACGGUGGAUGAUGUACCAAAGCUGCAGCCUCAUCCAGGAUUGGAGAAGAAAGAAGAGGAAGAGGAGGAAGAAGAAUACGAUGAAGGAUCUAAUCUCAAAAGACAGACCAAUAAGAACCGGGUGCAGUCAGGCCCCCGAACGCCCAACCCCUACGCCUCGGACAACAGCAGCCUCAUGUUCCCCAUCCUCGUGGCCUUCGGUGUCUUCAUUCCAACGCUCUUCUGCCUCUGCCGGUUGUGAGAACAAAUUGCAUCCUGAACAGGGUGGAAGGGUGUGGGAAAGAAACCAAACAUGUUGGUUUGGUUUCUGUAUUUUUCAUAGUGAUUAACAA